AUGCGGGUGGCGCUGUGUGCUGCGGAAAUCACGCAGUCCCGUUCCCCGGGGGCACGCGUCACAUCUGCGUGGCAGCUGCCGGUUACACGGGGCCAUGGUGACAGGUUGUUCGAAAUGCUGACGCUGACGCUCGCCUUCCUCUCUGGUGUGCCCACAGCGUCCAACUGCGACGCGACGCUGAGCAGCGACCUGGUGAAGAACGGGUCUGUGUCGUCCCCCGGCUACCCGGACCCCUACCCGCCGGGCAGCCACUGCCGCUACGACUUCCAGGGGCGCGGCAAGGAGCGCGUCCAAGUGGUCUUCAACGACUUCCUGCUGCACCAGCCGCCAGAGAGCCACAGAGACUGCGAGGGAGUGGACGCGCUUGUGGCGUACGUGCACAUCGAGGGCCGCAUGGAGAAGAUCGACAGCUUCUGCGGGGACGCGAUGCCCAAGCCGCUCAUGUCCAACGGCGCCCGCCUGCUGCUCGAGUUCCGCGGCCAGCACUCCUCCAGCCACGCCAGGGGCUUCAAGGCCACCUACAGCUUCACCGAGAACUUCGGGGUGCUGGGUGGCGGCGGCCGGCAGCUGUCGGAGUGGCCGUGCGGCUUCGCCUUCAACAGCAGCGAGGCGACAAGCGGCUACGUCACCAGCCCCAACUUCCCCGGGCUGUACCCCAGGGACACCGAGUGCCACUACUUCUUCCACGGCGCCGGCACCCAGCGGGUGCGUCUGCGCUUCCACUACUUCGACGUCGAGGGCGUCCAACCGUGCGAAGCAUCUUCCGCCAGUGAUUACGUCGAGUUCUCCAACUUCAUGGCGCGCGACCGAAAGUACUCGAGAUACUGCGGCCAGCUGAAGGAGUUCGACAUCGAGUCUGACCGCAAAUUCUUCAGGCUGACCUUCCGCUCGAACGACCGGCUGGACGGCACUGGCUUCAACGCGACCUACUACUUCCUCGACGAGGAGGAGAGCUCUCCCGCCAAGCCGAGACCGACCAGCAGCGCCAGAGGAAAUGCAGUCUGCUGGGCCUUGGUACUCCUCAGCAUCUUCUCCCUGCUGUGCUGAUGUCAACUCUUGAAACAACGAGUGCAGAUGUAACACAGUGCUUAUAACUAAAAUGGUUUAUUUACUUUUCUCUCUCUGAUGCUCAUUUGCGAGCGCAUGGACAACCUUUUCGUAAGUGCUGAACAGAAGGACAAUCAACAAUGCUACAAUAGAUUAUAGCCUCUACUUAGAAAACACUGUACAUAAAAGUUAUUUGUAACUGUUCUUAAUACCGCAGGUACCACAUGCGUGGGAACAAAGUAAUGUUGAAAAUUACUAAAGUUUAUUUGUAGACAGACUUCGUUAUGUAAAUAGUUUAGCACAUGUUAAGGCAAAACUCAAUGUAAGAGUAGUUUGUUAAACGUGUGUGCCAAUUCAGAAAUAUAUGACCAAUAUGGAAGUGUUGAUUAUUUUAAUAGAAGCGAAGGUAUUGCUAAACGGAACUACAUUAUUUUAAAAGAUACGUCACAUUUCAAUAUUACGAGGUCACUGCCACAGAUCGAAUAUUUUAAUCAUCCUAACUGCAUCCAAAACUCAUACUACAUACUUUUAGUAUAUAAUCUUUCAUUAUAGUUUCUACGUGUGAGUAUUUAAAAUUGCAGCAAUAACAUCUGUUCUUCCAUUACCCUGUAUUUAAGCUCACCACGAGUUUCCCUCAGACAGGAGAACAGUGGUAUUUUUUCAAGCCAAAAAUAAAUUAUUUAGACUUGUUUCUACAUGGGUUACAUCUAGAAGAACAAACUACAAUUGUCAAUCCCCUUGAAACACAACACGUUGUCGUUGCCUCGCACUAUGCACAGUAGCGUCAUUAGUAUAUGCUAAUAACUUUAUUGUGCUUCUGAUGAUAGCUGCUUGUGGAAACUGUGUUGGAUAGUUAUGAAGAGGAGCAUUUUGUAAUUAUUCAAAAAGUUGAAUUCUGUUGACAGCGUAAAGAAAUUGGUGAUGUACCUUAGCACGAACUCCGUGACGCCUGUAAACGAAAGUAGAAUAUGAAUAACAUCUGUGUAUUUUGCACCUUAAGUGUGUUCGGUCAUAUCUAUCACUACGCAACACAAGAAGUUAAUGUCCUCUCACAGAUAGAACGUGUAUACUAACGAAAACCUUUCAGCAUGAAAUUCUGAUGGUUAUACAAUGAGAGUACCUGUCGCUCACAAAAUAAAUAAUAAUACGGCAAAAAUUAUAUUUAUAGUGUCUGAAACAAAUAACGUAGAAGAGAAACGCGAAACAGCACUGAAUGCAGCAGUAUCUUAAUGAAGUGAAGUUCUGUAUGUCCUCAUAACGUCGCCUUAGGUGUUGAUUCAGUGGAUCUCUCAUCUGAUGUUUACAACAGUUUGCGUCCAUAACGAUGUAUUUUGUUAUAUCAUCUGCACUGUGAACAGGAAUUACUGCAGCUCUGCGAUGGAACCAUCAGACAUAAAUUACAUGCAUUUAUGAACAGUGAGAUUUCAAAAUAAGAAUAAUCAAAUUUUCAGUGUAACAUUGCUUCAUAAUUGCGAAAACAUAGAUACUAUGCUGUGAGAAGAUUUCAAUAUUCCAGUCUGUUCUUUGAUCAUAAACUAAUUUACUUACACUUACCGCUUAGGUUGCCCAUGGCGUCAAUUAACACUGUUCCCAGUCAUGUAUUCUUCUUGCUCAGUUGAGUAAACUUGUUCUGUAUGCACUGCAUUACUUGCAAAUCUUUUGCCAGCACUUCUUAUAAAAUCUGUGAAAACUUAGCAGGUUUUAGCAUUAUUACACGAUCAUAUUUGUGAAAAUGUUUUUGCUAUUUUUUGUAAAAUAUUAUUUCUUAAUAUGUGAAAUUAAAUGAUCUGAACACAAUAACUCACAUUACAAAAAAAGUGACAAACAGUAUCAUAAAUUCCAGACGCUUUUUAAAGUGCUUCAAGUAACUAGUACAAGGUCCAUACUGAUCCACUGUUAAUGUCUAAGGAAAUUAUUAUUCUUUAACACACUAUACAUUAUGCUACAGAAGGAACAUGUUUCAAGUUGAUGUCCAGAACCAAACAUUUACCUAAAACUUGAGUAACGUAUUGCUUGACUGCUGUAAUUAGUCACUGAGAAUCUCAUAAACUGUAAUCAUUACUGUCAUUAUUUCUGCUAAUAUAUCACAACCAAACCUUUGUGUUAUAUACAACAAAGUAAAUUCAUUCAAUUUUUUCACAGAAUUUCUAACUAAUGAUGGAUAAAUUGCUGAAUUUUAAAUUGUACCAAAAAUUUUGUGUUUGUCCAAACACUGGUCUAGCUCGAUAGGUUGCAAAGAGACUGGAAAUACACAUAAAGAUACUCCUUAGUUAGUACUGCUACAGAGUUGUGAUGCAGAUGCGUUAAGUCUACUGUAGCUGUUCCUGUAAGUCUGCCUUGUGUAACUGAUUCACAAUAGUUGCAGUUAUGCAUAUGUAUCUAUAUAUUGUAUUUCAUAAUUCUUUAUAAGAAUUUUCGUUUUAUAAACAUUAGUAAUCCUGUACUGUAGUUUCUUUUCCUAUGAACAUGUUACUUAUAUUUUACACAAAUUCGAUUUAAACUGACAUCGCUUAAAUUUGCAUAAAGUUU